UAUUUUCGUUUAUUUCACAGAGCUAAAAGCUCAAAAUCAAGUCUCAAUUUUCUGUCGUGAAUUUUGAUGAAUCUUUUUUAUAUGUCAAACUGAAGUACAAAAUGAAGGCUUGUAUGAAGGCUUCCCAUCUUUCUGUUCGCUAUUGUGUUGAAAUUGUUUGGACCUCGGUAAUCCUAGAUUUUAUUCGCACAAUUCUUUUGCAAUUCGGGUGCAUGCAAAGAAAAUGUUAGUUGAAGCAAGGCGUUUGCGUAUUGUUUGUACAGUAUUGCUGCAAAGUCCACGACAGACGCGGGGGCGACGUUUUCUGCCGGCACGGCGUCAUGUGCUUGGCACAUUGUUGAACACGCAGCACAUGACACAACGAGCAGCGGGACGCCACCACAUUUGUGGGUCGACAAAUCGCUACUGAAACGGUUCUCAACCCAAGCUGUUUUGUCACUUUCGGUACAACGAAACAAAGGAACCCAUCAUGCAGUUUAACUCGAUUCAACGGGACAACAACAUUACAACAGUCGGAGAAAUUGUUUAUUUUCAAAUCAUUUAAUUACAAUUCACAGCGGCUCCAAAUGAAAAGAUUACUCAAAGAUAUGCCCGCCAAAUUUAAAGCACAUUGCUCAUCAAAUAUAAAACGAGUGUACAUAAGCAUGGCUCAAUUAUUUCAUGUGUUCUGUGAAUUAUUUACGAGGUUGUAAAAUAUUGUGUCAGCGGCGAAACAAACAACAACCAGAUUAGCAAUUAUGCUAUUUUAUCCCCCAAGAUAACUGAUCCUAAUUAUAUUGUGAAUGAUCUUAUAAUAAAAAUGCAGUAUACCACCGCUGGAUCGAGGCCACCAUUCAUUGACUAGUGUGUUUAUCAAACAGCAAAUUCGUUACCUUGUUUCAACUCGCGUGGUCAAAAAAUACCUCAUCAAUGUAACUGACAAUAAUAAGAAUUGAUAGUCAUCGAUUUAAGAUGGUGAUACCUACACAGAAAAUAGGGUGUGUUGAAUUUCCCCUAUUCUAUUUCGUCCAGUGGUUGUACACAAUAAAGUGCCCUGGAGUCAGAUACAUUUUUAAGUAGAUCUUUAGUCGACUUAAAAAUGCAUCUGGAUUCAGAUGGAGAAAUAAAUUCAACGAAAACCUUUCCAGUGGAGGAAAAAGGAAAAAGGGAUGUACACAGAAUUGGUCAUGAAACAUGACGCGCCUUUCUGCAAAGAGGAAGUAGGUCAAGGAGUACAAGCAAAACAUCGAGUCUUCUGCUUCUUCUUGUGUUUUGACGCUCGCCGGCAGAAAGGUUGCGUAUUCGCCCUCUAAAUCGAAUCUUACCUCGUCGUUUGGUGACAGAAACAAACAAACAAACAAACAAACGGAACAUGAUAACGUCGAUCAGUCGUGUCCAACACGCUGGUUCUUUGGAAAGCACGGAAAACCUUUGGCAAAAGCUCGUGUUUUGAACUUCAGGGCGAAGAAAUGGCCGCAAAAGCCGAGCGGUCGCAGCGCUAAGUCCAACUGCCUGGAGCGUAGGCAGCCCGCCUUUGUUUGGCAGGCGGUGGGCCUCAUCAUGCUGGGCCGCACGUGGCCACUGGGUGUCACUCGUGCUCCACCCGAGAAGCUUCACCCUUCCCAACUUGACCGCGCUGACGUCACAGCAGUCUGGAGCAUCAAGGCCACUUCCAUGCCGCGAUUGGUCUUGAAAGUCACAUGACCACGUCUCCUAGCAUCCAUAAUUAUGUUGCUGAUAUAUUUUUGGCGCCCCCCUCCUUCCUAAAAGAUGUCAGCAUCCUCCUGUCUUUCUUGUGUCGGAAGGAUCCACCACCGGGGCUAAAACCAUGUCAUGUCCCAAUAACAUGGCGGCCGGCAACUUCCUGAUGGAUUCCUUAAUGGGAGGAUCAUCAUCAUCUUACAGGAGUGACGCUUACUCCAACGGGCCCGGGAUGUUCGUGGACUGCGGCUACUCCGGCGGGAGAAACACGGAGGCCAAGCUGGCCCCGUCUUGCCUCUCCAAGACCACCGCCGGCGGACUCGCGGCGGACGGGCUGCCGCUCGCCAGCCUCCACAACGGGCCCUACCUGCCGGCGCAGAUGGCCACAUGGAGCCGGAGCUCUAAGUCCGGGGGGGAUUCGCAACCUGUUGCCCCGUGUUUACAACCGUGCCACGUCAAAGAGGAGGCGUUUUGUGGCCGCUAUCCGGAUGACGGCAAUCAUAACAGAGACACAGCAGAGCCGGCCGUCUACAUCCGGCUGGGGGACAAUGGCUGCCGACCCCAGGCGAGCGGCGUCUUCCAGGUGCACGGCGCUGAGGAACGGCUUCGGCCGGCCCCCUCCGGAUUGCCUCUUGGUCUCCCGGCCGCGGCGGCCGAACCGAGUUCGGGCCGUGAGAGCGCGGGCGGGGAAGCCGGCCAGGUGGAUGAUGACGAGGAUCGGGACACUAAGCAGAAGGCCAAGAGUGACAGCUGCUCGGAGGACUCGGAUGUGCAAUUCAAAGAUGUUUCGUCGGAGAAGACAAGCGGAAGCUGGUUGAAGGCCAAAAGCGGCCGCAAGAAGCGCUGUCCUUACACCAAGCACCAGACGCUGGAGCUGGAGAAGGAGUUCUUGUUCAACAUGUAUCUGUCCCGGGAGCGCCGCCUGGAGAUCAGCCGGAGUAUUAACCUGACCGACCGCCAAGUCAAGAUCUGGUUCCAAAACAGGCGCAUGAAGCUCAAGAAGCUCAACAGGGAGAGUCGCCACAGGGAGCAAGGCGCCGUCUAUCACUACGUUUAAAACGCACUCACACGUACGCACGCACACACACACACACACACACACACACACACACACACACACACACACACACACACACACACACACACACACACACAUGCGUACGCACACUCAUACACACACGCAAAUGCAUGGACAGUCAGUUCGGUCACUAAUGAACAUCGAACCAUUCAUCAACAGCGGAGGCGUUCCUUAGUACACACUCUUCAGUGACUCAUGAUUGGAUACCCGGAAGAUGAUCUUGUGUGUGGAUGACACGCACACGUCCAGCUGUGCUUGUGCACGAGAUGACUACGCCGCUACGUCACGUCACGCCAAAUAGUGUCAGAACAACACGCACACACACACACACACACACACACACACACACACACACGCACGCACACACACACACGCGCGCGCACACACACAAAGGCAGGGCGGCCAACUUGUCCCUGCAAAAAGUGUGAGCGAGAGUGAUAGAGAGAAAGUGCUGCUGAGAGCAUCAGGCCACUUUUAAUAGAAGCGCGAGACCAUAACCUUGAUUUAAAUAUUAUCCAGGUGACCACAGCAAGUCAAGGUCAUAAAAGUCUAAUGUCAGCUUCGCCCUGGAAAGCGUUGGGGGUGGAUUUUAUGAUCUGCAAAUAUAAUGUGCCGCAGCAGUAAAGAUGCGCUUUAAAAGGUGUGCGUGCGCGGAGGAGGGCGAAUCGGCACAUGCACGGGGCGCCGGCUGCAAAGUGCACCAUCGAGCAAGCACACUUGGAGGCUGCAGCCGGCUGCCAGAAACAAACAACAUGGACGAGAAAGAAUAACCAAAGAAAGAUGGAGUGGACGCGGCAUGGACAGCGGGUGGAAGCGCCUCCGUCCCUCCUGCAUCUAGCAGAGCACGUGGAUUGGACCGAGGCCAGAUCCUUCUACGGCUGCGGGCGAGGAAGUGCGUACGUGAGUGCGUGCUUGCGCGGGGCCGUGUCGCCUGUCCACCUGUCUUGCGGGGGAGAUCUGACACUUCUCGCAGCUCGCUAUGUGUGCUUGCUGCAGACCAGCAGCUGCAAAA